GCUGACGCUCGCUUGUUCUCGCUCUCCACUAACAUCGGGAUCAACACCGGCCAUUCACGCGACUGAAUGUAGAUGUGUAUCUCGCUCGUUCGCGUGAAGCAAAUGGUUUGUGUUUGAGCUCGAGAGAUCUACCGGCCACCUGCGGACGGAACGCGCAGGAAUUUAACCUGGCACCAGAGGAGGGAGGAGGAGGAGCGCGACUCAUACCUCACGCGGGCAGCAGUUAUUCCGGGAGGCUGCCGCACGCACUUCUCCGGUGGACGGGCUACCGAGGGGCGCGCGGAGGGAUGUCGGGAUGGCUUGCACCAGGAGAACAAAAACUUUGGUGUCGACCUGCGUGAUUCUGAGCGGCAUGACCAACAUCGUGUGCCUGCUCUACGUCGGAUGGGUCACGAACUACAUUGCCAACGUCUACGUCAAAGUCCCCUUGCCCGUCCCGGACAAAAAGUUGUUGGACGGCGGCGGCGACAAAAAGGGAGAAACUCUCCGGAUUAUCGAGCGGCUGGAUCGGCUCGAGAGCGUGGUGAACCAGCACAUCCAAGAGAUUCCUCCGAGAGGAGACGGUGGGCAGGUGGAGGCGGAGCAGUCCUUCUCUGACUCCUCCCUCUUCAGCCACUGGGGGCGGGACUUGAGCCCUGAGAGCCGGCGUGUGGCGCUCAAGAUGUUCCAGGCGCAUGGAUACAACAGUUACCUUAGCGACCGCAUCUCCCUGGACCGGCCCAUCCCUGACCUCAGGCCUGACGGGUGUAAGAACAUCUCCUACCCGCCGCACCUGCCCCAGGUGAGCAUCGUCUUCAUCUUCGUCAACGAGGCGCUGUCCGUCAUCCUGCGCUCGGUCCACUCUGCCAUCCACACCACGCCCACUCACCUGCUCAAGGAGAUCAUCCUAGUGGACGACAACUCCAGCAACGAGGAGCUGAAGCUGCGUCUGGAGGAGCAUGUGUGGGAGCUGAAUGCGGUGACUCCGGGGCUACUGAAGGUGUGUGUGUGUGUGCGUGUGUGUGUGUGUGUGUGUGUAGAGGAGCUGAAGCUGCGUCUGGAGGAGCAUGUGUCGGAGCUGAAUGCGGUGACUCCGGGGCUACUGAAUGUGUGUGUGUGUGUGUGUGUGUGUGUGUGUGUGUGUGUGUGUGUGUGUGUGUGUGUGUGUGUGUGUGUAGAGGAGCUGAAGCUGCGUCUGGAGGAGCAUGUGUGGGAGCUGAAUGCGGUGACUCCGGGGCUACUGAAGGUGUGUGUGUGUGUGUGUGUGUGUGUGUGUGUGUGUGUGUGUGUGUGUGUGUGUGUGUGUGUGUGUGUAGAGGAGCUGAAGCUGCGUCUGGAGGAGCAUGUGUCGGAGCUGAAUGCGGUGACUCCGGGGCUGGUGAAGGUGGUGCGGCAUCAGAGGCAGGAGGGGCUCAUACGCUCACGGGUCAGCGGGUGGAGGGCCGCCUCCGCACCAGUGGUGGCGCUGUUCGACGCUCACGUGGAGUUCAACACCGGCUGGGCGGAGCCCAUCUUGUCUCGUAUCCAGGAGGACCGCACGCGGAUCAUCUCUCCGUCGUUUGACAACAUCAAGUACGACACGUUUGAGGUGGAGGAGUAUCCUCUGUCUGCGCAGGGCUUCGACUGGGAGCUCUGGUGCCGCUACCUCAACCCCCCUAAAGCCUGGUGGAGCCUCAGCAACAACACCGCCCCCAUCAGGACGCCUGCUCUGAUUGGUUGCUUCGUGGUGGACCGUCAGUACUUUGAAGAGAUUGGUCUGCUGGACGAGGGCAUGGAGGUGUACGGGGGAGAGAACGUGGAGCUGGGCAUCAGGGUGUGGCAGUGCGGGGGCAGUGUGGAGGUGUUGCCGUGCGCACGUAUCGCGCACAUUGAGCGCGCUCACAAGCCCUACACAGAGGACCUCACUGGGCACGUGCGGAGGAACGCCCUCAGGGUGGCGGAGGUGUGGAUGGACGAGUUCAAGAGCCACGUCUACAUGGCAUGGAACAUCCCCCGGGAGGACUCAGGGAUAGACAUCGGUGAUAUCUCGGAGCGGCGUGCGCUGCGGAAGCGACUGCAGUGUAAGACGUUCCGUUGGUACCUGGUCAACAUCUACCCCGAGAUGAGGAUGUACACCGACAUGGCCUCUUAUGGAGUGUUGAAGAACUCACUGAAGCCAGAGGUGUGUUUGGACCAGGGGCCGGACCAGGACAACGUGCCCAUACUCUACCUGUGCCACGGCAUGACCCCACAGAACGUGUACUACACACACACUCAGCAGUUGUAUGUGGGCGUGCUGAGUCCCACUAUCGAUGACGACGAUAACAAGUGCCUGGUGGACGUCAACGGCAGGCCACGCCUCCUGGAGUGCAGCUACGCCACCGCCAAACGCAUGAAGCUCUACUGGCUCUUCUCUCAGGGAGGCUCCAUCCAGAACCGGCGGUCCAAGCGCUGUCUGGAGCUGGUGGAGAGCGGCGCCGGUGAGUUCGGGUUCCAGCUGGUUCUGCAGCGCUGCACUGGACAGAAGUGGACCAUCACCAAC